UUUCCUGACGGCAAGAUAGAGCAAAGAGGAGGUGGUUUUGACGAUGACGAUCAAUGCAAAAUCCCGAUGACAGUGUUCUGGUCGUCGAUCCAUGAAGAGAAUGCUGCACCAAAGACAGACGACAAAGAGUGUGAUAACGAUUGUGAGACAUUUCAUCCAACUGACGCGAUGUCCUUUGCGUGGCAGAUAACACGAGGAAUGGUGGGUUGUCUCUCUUGAAAAAACAUGACCUGUUACAGAGCUGCCGCAGUACAAUUUUCUAAUUUUACAGAUCAAAUAAAGUUGUAUAGUUUUAAUUUAAACCUGUUGUAAAGAUAGUAUUACAGAAAAUGAACGUAUUUCGGAACAAAAACAAAAAAGAUUCCAUCGUCCGUUAGUUUGUGUGUUGUUGUAUAUUUUGACAUACUUUUUUAUCAAGGAUGACUUUAACUUCCAAAGAACGGAAAGCAAAAAUAGGAACCUUGCUAUUGAAGUCUACAAUUAUGAUGAAAAUGAUUCAAUGCGCCACCAACAGCGUCAUUUACGGUUUCACGACUUGUGCCGAUUAAAACUGGUACUUUUUCUUUUUCUUUUUUAUUUUUGACUAAAGAACCAUUUUUGGCCUCUAUCAAACUAGCAAAUUGUUAUAUCCAAUUACUUUAUAUCUCAUUCACGUACAUUUGCACUAAUUGGGUGUACACUUUUCAGAGCUACCUCUCUGAGAAGGGCUUAGUUCACAGAGAUCUGGCAGCGAGAAACGUUCUUGUCGGACACGGUAAAAAACUCAAGAUUGGAGACUUUGGUUUGAUGCGAGAAAUGUAUCAUGAACUGUAUGAAGUUAAGAAGCAAAAGAAACUGCCCAUCAAGUGGUUGGCACCAGAGGCCGUUUUUGAGCAGAUCUUUACUUCCAAAAGCGACGUGUAUGUACUAUAUUCAACAUAUAAUACAGCCGAGUAUAAAUUAGUAAAACACCGAUUUAAAGUAACUUUGCGUGUGUGUGUGUGAGUGUGCGCCGCUGUUUAAGGCUUUUGUAUGAGUAUAUAUCGAACUUAGGAGUAAAUAAUUCCCGGAUUGCGUUGAUUCAAAAAUGUUCCUCUAAUUGUGAAUUCACCCGUCCCGUUUUCAUUCGAUUUCUUACCUCGCCAUAAGCAAAUCUUAAAUACUAGAAAAAAAACAUAUUUCGCUACAUGUACGCCAUGAUAUGAUUUAAACCAAUCGUAAUACAGUAGCAACACUAGUCUUGGGAAGCGUUAUUCAAGCUCUACGUUUUGUGCCCAUAAUACAACAUUUUAAGCUCAUUUAUCUUAUUUUAUCUCAUAUUAUUCUUUAUCAUUUUAGGUGGUCAUAUGGAAUCGUUAUGUGGGAAAUUGCAACCUUAGGUAAUAGUCUAACUUUCACUUACUUUGCCUCCUGCGUAGCUUGCGUAUACGUGUGUUUAUUUAUUUAUUUAGGAAGGGGGCAGCACCGAGUGGUGCGUUUUCGCUCCCCUCCUUUGUCCUUUCCCAUCAGAACCACUCGCUUGCGUUGAAUUUAUAAACCUUAGUCAUCUUUCAACGCCGGGAUGGUUGAAGUCAUGAUGACUGGGGAGAGGUUUUGAAGAAAUUCUACCUGCGAGGGGCUGGAAAAGAAGAAAGACAAGAAACUGAAUAGGUUCCUUUAUCAUUUUUAAACUUUAAAUUCACCACAUGACUUUCAAGAAGCAAAGAUUGGAUAAUUCUAUAACCUUUGCAAGCCUAAGGCACGCGUCCUAAUCGGUCAUUGAAGCAACAGAAUAGUUUCCAUCAGUAUCUACUGAACACUGAGUUAAGUCAGUAGAUCUCCGCCUGUAUUCUAUACUAAAAGAAAUCAUAAGUGGCGAGCCAAUCUUUUUUUAUUGCAGGAGGUUCGCCUUAUCCACUUCUUAACAACGCUGAGGUCAUGAGUCUCCACCGAACCGGACACCGAAUGCAAAAACCUGACUUGUGUUCGGACAACUUGUAAGCCAUUAGAAUUCCUAGACAUCAUUCAAAAUACUUUUCGUUUGUAAUGACAUCAUUUUCUCCGCUAUCUACGAAGCUUUUAAAAAUAGGUUCCAAAAUUAUACAGUUUUUAUCAGAAAAGGUCCGUGUAUGGCCGAUUCGCUUGUCUAAAAAUUAAUAAAUUCGCAGUUUGCACUAAAAAUGGCUGGACACGGCAAGCUUGCGAAAACAGUCCUCGUCGCCCCUAGGGACGUUUCUUGCGCGCGGCACAACUUUAGGGUGGGACACGAGAUGCCCCUAAAGGUAUCAUGUCUGUUAACUGCAGCAGCCCAUUGCUACCCACUUUUGUAAAAACGGGCUUUAAGAAAAUCUGACAGCACCCUCUAGGGCUGGUAUCUAUCCCAUCCUUGUUCGUCUGAGGGUUAAAUAAAAUGACUGUAUUUUGUUAUCUGGUAGCUACGCCUUUAUGAUGGACUGCUGGAAACAGAACCCGGAUGAACGACCAAGUUUUCGGGAGCUCGUUGAAAGGCUGGAAAGAACCAUGACUGAGCAAGUAGAAUACCUUGAUCUGAAACAGUUGGACGAGACUAAAGCGUACUAUCAAGUGCAAGAGCCCAAAACGGGCGAAAUAGUUGGCGACAGCGGGCUUGGCAUGCACAGAGCUGCUUCGUCAAUUUCAAUCGCUCUUUAG